GGGAAAUUGGACGGAAACACGAGCCGUAAUAGGAAAUUGUCGCGGGAGAAUCUACUAACAUCACAAGGACUCCCUGCCUACCUACCGGCAACACCAUCCUCGGCGACGUCGACGAUGGCGCCCUCGAGCGCGACGACAACUUCAAUCCAAGUCGCCGUGCGUAUUCGGCCGACGACCACCCAAGAUGCGGCCUCCAUUCCCCCUCGUUUCCAGCGCGCUGUCGUUCACCCCAUCUCUGAAACGACAGUCGCAGUAGACCCGGUCUCCGCCCAACCCGCGUCCGCAGGCGGCAAUAGUGGAUCCUCGAGCUCUUCGACCGCUACCACGAAGAAGCAGACCUUCACUUUCGAUCAAGUUCAUCCCCCGGACACGACCCAACAUGAGAUGUUCACUUCGACAGCGGAACCUCUCAUCAAUCAUUUCUUGGAGGGCUUCAAUUGUACUAUACUUGCAUAUGGGCAGACUAGCAGUGGCAAGACGUUUACUAUGACAGGUGUGGAUCUGGAUGCCGACCCCUCGGACCCAAAUAAUGGCAUGGGCAUCAUUCCACGAGCUGUCUCCACCAUAUUCAAGAAGGCUAGAGCGCUAAAGGAGGAGCGCGGUAAUUCGUGGAAUUAUACUAUCAAAGGGUCGUUCAUCGAAAUCUACAACGAAGACCUGUUGGACCUCCUAGCUACUGACGAUGGCAGUGGCGCUCGCCGCGAAGUCCAGAUCCGAGAGGACAAAGGUCAUAUUAUUUGGACAGGAUUGAGAGAGGUUGCUGUAAAGAAUGCGCCUGAAGUUAUGAACUUGAUUCGUCAAGGUGCCUCCAUCAGGCGUACUAACGAAACCGACAUGAAUGCUCAAUCUUCGCGGUCGCAUGCCAUCUUCUCCCUGACCCUCACGCAGAAGAAAUACACUGGGUCUGGUCCUCCACCCCGCUCAUCCUCCCCUCUCCCUGGCACCGGGCGCUCGCCUUCUCGUCUUGCUCGGCCAGGCUCGAUGUAUGCGCCAUCCAAUGGCAGAGUCUCCUCACCGACUUUUGGUCGACCGGGUACACCUAGCUUUCAGUCCGCAAUGGAUCGCGGUGGUUUGAGACCGCCGAGUUCUCUCGGCUCACACGCUGAUGAUGGCGGUGAAUGGAUUACAAUCACGUCGAAAUUCCACUUUGUGGAUCUUGCGGGGUCAGAGCGACUUAAGCGGACUGCAGCCGCGGGCGAGCGUGUCAAGGAAGGUAUCUCCAUCAACAGUGGUCUGCUGGCUCUAGGCAACGUUAUAUCCGCGCUCGGCGAUCCUGCAAGGGCCAAGUCGCACACAGCAAGCCAUGUACCUUAUCGUGAUUCGAAACUUACUAGGCUCCUUCAAGACUCAUUGGGCGGCAAUGCGCACACACUCAUGAUUGCUUGUGUUAGCCCAGCUGAGUGGAACGCGGGUGAAACUAUCAAUACGCUCAAGUACGCCAACCGAGCUAGGAACAUCAAGAACCGGGUAGCCAUCAACGAGAAGGAGGAAGGAUGGGACGACGUAGAAUGGCUCCAGACGACUGUCACCAGACUCCGAAAGGAAUUGAAGGCGAUCAAGGAGAGUGGCGGCAAGAGCGCUGGUGCUCUUUCCGACGACUCUGUGGCCGAGCCUGUUGAAGGCGCCUCAAAGAAAGUGCUCGAGCAGAUGGUACAGCUGCAGAGCAACUACGAGGAUCUGCGGGAGAAGUUCACGGACCGAACUGAGGAGUUGACCAGGCUGCGCCGAGAGCUCGCUGAGAAGCAGCGGCAGUCGACCUCGGGUGCUAUGAACGCAACUGCAAGGUAUGAAGAGAUCGUAGGUCCUGUCAUCGAGGAGUACGAGAAGACCAUCAGCGCUAUGGAGGCCGAACUCAGCCUGAACAGAGCUGCGCUCAGACAUACGAAUGAUUUGUAUGAGGAAAAGGAGGCUGAGCUAGCCGAGGUGACCGAGAAGAACUCCCGGACUGAACUCUACGUUGAGGAGUUGAAGCUGCGAGUCGCAAAGCUGACAGAGCGCGAAGCAUCCACCGAGGCUUAUGUCCGGGAUUUGGAGGAUAAGAUCAAGCAAUACGAUGAAACCACUGUUAGUUCGAGCGAGUCUAUGACGGACCUCAAGAAGGAGAUAACAAGAUAUAAGGAUGCCGAGUCUCACGCGUCCCAAUAUAUCGCCGAUCUCGAAGCUCGCCUUGCUAAAUCCGACGAGUCCAUCCAGGAACUCCGGCGUACAGUCGAUAAACUUGAGACGGAAUGCGAGCGCCGUAGAAAGGAGGUGGAAGUUCUGCAAUCUCGUCUGGACGGCCUGCAGAACGAUGGGCAGGCAUGGAAGGUUGACCUUGAGGAACGAGAGAAGCGAGUGAAGGAGCUGGAGGUGAAGAUGCAGGAAUGGGAGGCUAAGAAGAAAGAGGCCGGCGAAGAGAGAGCUCGUCUCGGCAACAUGGUGGAUGAGGUCGCUCGUGCUCGCAAGAGCUUGCAGUUGGACGGCGCCGCGGGCGCUGCCGCUGUAACCACUAACGGCGUCAACCACGACGAAGAGGGAUCCGUGGAGGACGAACUUGCAGCACUCCAGAAGACGCACGCGCAGACAUUGGAGGAUCUUUCCUCGGUCACGGCCAAAUAUCGGGAUGCGCUGCGCGAGAUCUCUGAUUUGGCCGCCCAGAUUCAGGAAGCGAAGCUUAGCAACGCAGCCACCUCUGAUCUGCCCGAGAGGAGCACGGAUAUCCCACCAUUCCGGCGACGGGUGAUAGGCUCCAGAUCCAGAGAAGGAAGCGAAGGUCAGUAUAGUCCCGCUACCGGCAAACGUUUUUUAUUCCGCCACGCGGCCUCGUCGGAGUCGCUUCACUCGAGGUCGCUCUCACAAUCCUUGUCACAGUCGCAGUCGCUCUCGCAGGAGCUUUCCUUGGCCCGAUCUCGCAAAGCUUCGAUCUCAAGUCACGGCAGUAGUAACUCCCAGUCGUCCACUCAUUCCCGACCUAACCUUUCUCUCUCUCUUCCUAUUAACGGUGUACCUGAUCCGAAUGGUGGGGAGAGGAGCGUUUCGAGCCUAGAGAAAGAGAUCAUGAGGUUGCAGGAAGUCCUGAAGGAACGGGAGGCGGAGAUAGCUGCACUGGAGGGAACACUGCAAAUAAAGGAUCGUAAAGUGUCGCAAGAUGACAUCGUCCCUGAAGCUCAAACGAAUGGCAAUCCUGACCUCUCGCCGAAGACCAUGCACAAUUUCAAUGCCAUCCGACGAAGCUUCCAAAACGGGCACGCGGAGCACGAGAGGUCUGAUUCAAUGUCAGCCUCCGACGCUGACGAGUCACUCGAGAGAUUGAACGAGCUCAUGCGGUCCAUGGCGCAAAAAGAGUCUCAGCAUCGCGAAACGGUCGAGAAACUCAAUUCAGAAUUGAUUCAGGUCCGCCGGCAAUGCGAUGAGCUGACCACCCUGUCUCGUGAUCAGGCACAUAACAUGUCUACCGAAUUGGCUGCGCUGAACGAAAAACACGAUCAAAAUAUGUUGCUUCUUGAGCACGCGCACCAACGUGAAGCCGAACUCGAGCAGGAACUGAAGCAAGCUGAAAGUGACCAUCAAACUGCGGUGGAGCAGUUGCGAUCCGAGCACGAACAGGCCUUACAAGCCAAACAGGCCGAACUCGACGCUAUCCUUUCGCGUCUCCAAGGAGAGCACGAAGCUUCUCUUGAGGCCCUUCGACAGCAGUUAGCGCAGGUAUCUGCUUCGCUUGAGAAGGCCAGGGAUGAACACACUCAGGCCUUUGGGAACUUACGUGCCGAACACGAGGAAGAACUGGCGAGACGAAUCGAAGAAGCCAAUCAGAUCCUUCUACGUGCCCAACAGGAUCACGAGUCUGCCCUGGCCAAGGUCGCCGCUGCACAAGAGGAGGCGCUCAAGAAGAAGGACGAGGAAAUCGCCGCUACCUUGGCUCGUACCGAGGAGGAAUACUAUAAUGCCUUAACGAAGCUGCGUGCCGACCAUGCGCAGGCCUUAGAGAAGCAGGCGUCAGAGUCAUCGACGGCAUUGGAGCGGUUACGAGACGAGCACGCCUCUGAGCUCAGGCAGUUGGAGAUCAAGUACCGUGGCAGUAUCUCUGAAUCGCAGUCGUCCUUGGAUACUGCCAUGGCCGACCUCAAGCAGGAGCUGACAGACCUCAGCAACAAGAAGGAAGCGGCAUUCGGCGAGCAGCUGGUCAAACUUCAAGAGGAGCAAGCUGCUGCGUUGCGGGCAAAGGAGGAUGAACACAAUGCUGCCCUGCAGAAGUUGCGAUCAGAGCACUCAGCUGCCCUGGAGGACAUGGUCCGUCGUCUCGAGAGUGAAACUGGGAUUCUACAGAAACAGCUCGAGGACAGCCAGCACGAGUCUCAAGCUUUCGUGGCCCAGGCCCGCGAGGAACUCGAGACUGCGUUGGCAAACCUCAAGGAACAACAGACUACAGUCUUGCGGGACGUUGAGCAGCGACACGAGGCCGAGAUAGCUGAGAUAAAGGCUGCCCAUGAAGCUGCUCUUGCGGAUGCCAAGCUGUCAGCGGAGGAAGAACGCUCGGCCUUGUUGGCUGCCCAUGCUCAGGAAAUGGCCAAGAUCAACUCCGAGCAUCAGGCUGCCAUCGCCGAACUCCAAGCUAAUCUGGUAGCUGCACAGGAUCGGCAUGAACAGGCUCUGGAAGAUGCUCGAUCGCAGAGCGCCCGUCUUCUUGAUGAGGAAAAGACUAAACUCCAAGAUAUGCUUCGUGCAGCAGAAGAGAAGCACGCUCAGGAACGUGAGACUUCGCGAAAGGAUCAUGAGUUGCUAUUGGAGGAGCUCGCAUCCUACAAGGCGGCGAGCGAUGAGUACAAUUUGGCUCGCGAAGAUGCGCGGAGGAUGCACGAAGAUGUUGUGAGCAAGAAGGACAAGGAGAUCAGCCGUAUGAACGGUCUUCUUUCCGAGAGUCACAACGAGCAGGAGCGGCUCAAGUCUGAACUCGAGAAGCUCAAGAGUGAUCUCCAGGCCAGUCGCAGCCAACAGUCGAAGCUCGAGAAGGAGGCAUCGAAACGAAAGUCUCUGGCCGAGGAGCUGGAGAGGCAUCGAUCAGAGUUAGCAGAAACUCAAGAGACCCUGCAGCGUACUCGUGACGAACGAGACCAACUGUUGGCGGAGAAAACCCGGCAGGACUCUGUUGUCAAAGAUCUGCAGGCCCAAUUGGCUCAGAAUGCUCCUGCUCCCGAAACACUUGCCCGCCCUACCAUCCCCGAACGGUCGUUGUCUUACGCUCGUGCCAAUGGUCUUCCUCCACCUAAACUUCCUCCCUCGACGCCGCCUCCCUCUGUCCCUCCCCCCCCUCCUCCAGUUGGAAAGUCUGUAUCCAACGCAAGUGACUCGGGCUUAGCUGUAUCCUCCCAGUCCAGCGCGAUCACUACUGCUUCCUCCCGAGAGUCUGCUCCUGAGUCGCCGAAUACCUCCGUGGCGCAUUCCAGUCUUGAUGUCAACCUUGUUGCCAAAAUUGAGGAACAGUCGAAGCAGAUUGAAGAGCAGGAAGCCAUGAUCAAGACGCUGAACAAGCAGCUCUCGCACUGCGAGAGCGACCUGCAAGCUCACAUGGACUUGGUCAGCCGUCUUGAGACAUCCCUGGGCGACUCGGAGAAGAAUCUCCGUAAAGCGCGCAUGCAUGCAACGGAGCUUGCACGGGAGCGAGACACUCUGAACACCCGGAUCGAUGGCCUUCAGAGGGAACUGUCUGAGACAAAGCGGGAGGUUGUCAACGUGCGACGCUCGAUCGUUGAAGAGAAGCAGUCUCUCGAAAGCCGAUUGGACGAAGAGCGCAGGGCCAAGGAACGGGCCCGCGCACAACUCGACAGUCGGAUGGAGGAGCUUCAGAAACGGAAGUCGAAGUUCGCCUGCUUAUAAUCCUACGCCCGCCUCAGGUCGCCGCCCAGCGUUCCGGAUCUCCUUCCCUCCUCUCCGCAUUGCCACACACCGCGGUCUUGCUUACGUUUAUUGUUCCUGUUUCAUAUUUACAUGCCCGCCUGUCGUCGGCCCAGUCUCUCGUUCAGCCUGUCUUGUUGGAAGUAUAGCGGUUACAUUAUUUGGAUACCCACUCUCAUUUACCCCUAUGAUUGCCUUAUCUCUAGUUCCCCCAUGUUUUACUACGUACUACGGCCUCCAUGCUACAUAAUAGACGGAAUACAUCGCAGACAGCUGCAACAGUUACG